GUUAUCAUAUGGAUCCGAGAUUGCUGUUCCUGUAUAUGAUCUUUCGGAAAUGAUACUAAAACAUGUACAUAAUGGCAGAGGUGAUAGUAGCAGUAGUGAUAGUAGAACAUGCAAGGCUAAUGGAUUUAUUCGUGAUAUGAGGAUUUCUCCUGAUGGACAGCGUAUCGCUGUUACUUUCAUUGGAAAUCCGACGAUUGUUGCUCUAUUUGUAGUUGAAACGAUGCCAUCAUUCUUUUUUGCUCCAUGUGGAUUGAUAAAUGGCACAGCAAAUUUCGGAUCAGCAACCAUUUUAUCAUUUUUCCCAAAAUUCCAAUAUGGCUCAUUGCUAAUUGUUGUUUGGUCUGCUGGAAAGAUGCAGUAUAUUCCGUUAUUGUAUGGUCAUCUAGCUAAUGAAGGGCUUCACUUAAAUCGAACCAAGAAAGAGAAUUUACUAGAUGAAAUGUCAGCAGAGCAGUUACUGAUCCAGGAAUCACAGUUGUCUGGAAAGAUAAGUUCAAGGAGUAGCGAUCAAAUGCAAGGAACGGUGCUGAGUAGUAGUUGUAAUCAUAGCCGAGAGAAUGCUAAUAAAAAUUCAGGGGCAAAGUCAAAUGUAGAUGUAGAGCUGUUCUCUUCAAUGGGACUGUACGAUUUAUUAACUUUGAAAAGCGCUCAGAAAGAAAGCUGA